AUGAUGUCACAGUCGAACUAUAUGUCCAAUCAGUUUGGCAACCCCAACGAGGGGGUUGACCCGUCGGAGCUUAGUAUGCAGAACGGUGGAUUCAUGUCCUACCCAUUUACGUCGCAGCAGAACUUCAACUUUGGAAACUCGGGUAUUGAUACAGAUGAGUUGUUGGACCUGGAAAUCAACGGACAGAAUGGCAUGCAGCAGAACUUUCUCCAGGACCAGCAUUCGGGUGCCGGAAUUUCCAUGAGUCAUCCGGGGCAGAUGUCUCAGAUGUACUCUAACACGCCGGAUGGAGCUCCCAUGAACAGCCCGUUCAUGCACAGUUUUAACUAUGAUCACUUUCGUUCCAUGAACCAAAACGGCCAGCCCGGCUCUCAUCUGCAGAGUGGAUCCCAGUUCGAACAGAGUUAUCUGGCCUCCAAAGGCCGCCCGAGUUUGCAGGCAGUGGACCGCGCUUCGCUCGAUGCGCGCAGUCCGAUGACUCCGAAGACCCCGGCCCUUGGUGCAUUGACCCUGGGAACCCCAGAAUCUGGAAGUUUUCCUACGCAGCCCAUCCGGACUGGCCUGCAGCAUCGCCACCAGAAGACACUGUCUAACCAGUGGGACGGUACGCCAGGGAGUGCCCAUUCUUUCGUGGAGUCCCCAAUCUCCUCGCCCGGCCACCCCCACCACGCGGGAAUCUCGGAGAUCCUCAAGUCUGGUAAACAUGCUUCCUUGCCGGCCAAGGUUGAUACGCACAUGCCAGGCAGUGCCCAGGACCUAGAAUCCCAAGAGGCCAAGCGACGCCGUCGGCGGGCCUCCCAUAACCUGGUCGAGCGCCGGCGACGGGACAACAUCAACGAGCGCAUCCAGGAUCUUUCCCACCUCGUUCCCCAGCAUCGCUUGGAGGAUGACAAAGUCCGGAAGCAGCUUGUCAACAACACAGCAAUGUCUGCCACUGGAGCCACCCCCAAUGCCGCGACGUCUUUGCUGGCUGGAGGCAAUGGUCGCCGGGCCACUGCGGGUAACAUUACGAUGGGUCUGCCAAUCGAGGAGAAAGAGAAGGGCCCGAACAAGGGCGACAUCCUGAACGGUGCCGUAGGCUGGAUGCGUGACCUAAUGUGGGCCCUACAUGUUAAGCUCCAGCAGGAAUCGGAGCUGGCUGAAAUCAUCAGCAACUUGGGUGGAACUUGGCCAUUCGAGCAGACCGAAGAAGAGAAGCGGAUGAGAACGGAGAUUCUCGAUGCUUUGGAGAAGAACGACCCUAGUUCGUUUACUUAUAGCAGGGCACCCGGAAGCGGGCUGCGAGUACCGAAGCAUACGAACAUGGCAGGGGACUCUGUGGCUGGCAAUGGGGCUUUGAGCCCCCAGAGCCUGAGCCCCCCGUUUAACGGCAACGGCGGUAGCAAUGGAGGCUCCGGGCAGGCUCAGUACUGGAGCAGCUCGGGUCACGCGGGCAUGAGCUUCAAGGAGGAAGACGAGUAUGCGAUGGAGAUGAAUUAG